UGAAACCAGGGCUGUGUCAUCUGUUCCAUGUCCAAUGUCUUGUAGAUUUAAAUAGAAAUGUUCUUCUGCCAACAAAGGAACAAAGGAGUUAUUGACAAUAAUUAUAAUCCAAUCAUAAUUAUAGUGGUGUCUUUACCUGAUUCUAUAAAUUGUGAAAUCCAGGAUUGUAAAAAAUCUACACCCUGCCCUGUAGCUUCUCCUCCCUUCCUUCUACAUCUCUAUAAAUGGGGAAUCCUUCACCUGGGUGGUUGAUAUCUCCAGUGCUCAGCAGAUAUGGCACCAGUGACCAGCGCUCUCAUUCUUCUCAUUCUGUUCUCUGCAGGAACCUUAGCAGACAACCAUGACAAACCACCAUCAGAGAAACCUGGAGAAUGUCCACCAGGUCCAUUGGCAAAAUGUAAAGAUCCACUUAUUGGAGAAUGCAAAUCGGACAGGGGCUGUGGUGGAAACCUAAAGUGCUGCAGGGAUAAGUGCACUCUAAAAUGCAUGAAGCCCUUCACAGUUGCAAAUAUACCUGGGAAGUGUCCAGUAUUUAUGUCACUUCUCCCUUGUAAGACUCCUUACACUGAAAUAAAGUGCAGUGGAGACCACCAUUGUCUCGGGAAUCAGAAGUGCUGUGAUUACAUGUGCCAGUGGCAAUGCAUGACUCCUAAAUGAAGCAAGAUACUGACCAUCGUCCGUGGACCAUGACAAGGAUCUGCAGCCAGCUCAUUGUUUACAGCUUUGAUUAUUCUGCAUGUAAUAAAAAAUCAUCUCCCCCA